AUGAACACCUCAACCACUAAUAACAAUAGCAACAACACCAACAACAACAAUAGUACAUCCCGCAUAUCAACCAAUAGAUAUCUCAACCUACCUAAAUUCACAAUUCUCCAUCCACCCAACCCUCGAAUAUCAUCCAGCAACUCAACAACCUCACCCAAUGACCUGCACAAUAUUACCAACAGAACCAUAAGCAGCUCUUCGUCAAUAAUGAGCACCCCUAGCAAUAACAUUAAACGAAACCGAUGGAAGCAACAACAACAACAACAACAACAGCAGCAGCAGCAACAACAGAAGGAGCAGAAGCAGCAGAACAAACUAGAUAAGCAAAAGAAGGGGAUACUGGCCAGCAAGACUGGACGGUUGGUCAAGUCCAAGCUUUUGAAUUUGCACCAAUCGAGUAAACUUGUGUUUGAUGACAAAUCACUCCCCAAGAUUUCCCACAAGAGUAAGACCAUUGGGUCUAAACAAGAACCCGGACCGUAUGAUUAUUCUAUAUUCACUCAUUACAGGAAUGGCAAUGGCGAUGUGGCUCCAGCUACGAGAGAGUCCCAAAUAAGAGCAUGGGAGUCUAGUGAGAGAAUAGCUCAGAGUGUGAUAUUCCCCAGUUCGGACUCUGAGGUGGAUGAUUUGGAAGAAGAAGAAGAAGAAGAAGAAAAUCAAGAAGAAGGUGUCGUUGAAUGUCCCAUUGUAAGUAUUCCUGGAUACACUGUUGGUGAAACAAAGAUCAUUUAUCAUGCAUACACACAUCCAAAAGUCGACGAAGAAAGAAGGUUAAUGGAACAUCGGCAUAAAGUUAUGAGGAAAAUGGAUAAAGAAGCCGCAUCAUCAUUUAUGGCUACCAAUUCAUUGUUGACGAAAUGGAAACUACAAGUAUCACAGAAGAAGGAAAUAUACAGUCGGAUAUUUGGCCAAGAUAAUUUGAUGAACGGGGAAUACAUGACAAAUAAUGCUACAUAUUCCAGUGUGGACAAUCCGCGUAACUUGCAAAAGACAUUGGCUGAGGAUAAGCUUGAGAUUACGAAUUUGCUAGCUGAAGAAAAGGAGCAUAAUUUGAUUCAGCAUGAGAUACGGCACCAAUUUAACAUGCAUGUAUUGAAUGAUUUUGAAUUGAAGAAGAAGCGAAGGAAGAAUUCCAAUGGGUCUAGUAGUUCUGAGGAUCAUAUUGAUUAUGACCGAUUUCAAUUGUUGACCAAGAAGAAGUUGGAUAAGAUUUAUCAAGAUAAUAUUGUGGAGUAUGAAGAUAUAAUACAGGAAGAGCUCGAUAGAGAUGAUGAUGAUGAGGAGGAGGAGGAGGUGAUGGAGCAAGAAUUGUUGAAUUUCACCACUUCGUAUCUACGUAAGAGAGUAAAGGAGGUGGAACAUAGCUAUUUAUAG